AUGACCCUGCUAUUCCUUCUGAUAAUCCAACUUCUGGGGUGCGCUCAGGGAAAAUCAAAGAGACAAGGCAUCCAACCCCUAGAGGGCAUCCCAGGGUUCAAUGCUACGUUUGAUUAUAUUGUGGUUGGUGGUGGCACUGCAGGCAUGACGGUGGCCGCCCGUCUGGCCGAGCAGAGAUUGCGCGUCGCGCUGGUGGAAGCUGGCGAGUUCUACGAAGUUCAAUAUCCCAUUUCGACGAUCCCCGGGGCUGCAAUACUGGGCACAGGGUCCAAUCCGCAUUUCAAAACGCCCAUUGAUUGGGGGUUCGUCAUCCAAGGCAGCCCGGGUGCGAACUCGCGUGAUAUUCAUUAUGCGAGGGCGAAAUGCUUGGGAGGGUCGUCGGCGAUAAAUUUGAUGAUAUAUCAACGACCGAGUAUAGGAUCGAUGCAGCUGUGGGCCGACCUUGUCGAUGACCAGAGCUACACUUUCGAGAACACCCUGCGCUUCUUUAAACGGACGGUGAAAUUCAGUCCUCCUGAUAAUCGGAAUCGCCCUGCAAACGCCUCUCUGCAGUACAAUCCAGACUCGUUUGAUAAGGACGGUCAGCCUCUUCACGUAUCGUAUCCUAUACAUCCCGGGUCUUUUCCUAGCUGGAUGAGGCUUGCGUUGGAAGAAUUGGGUGUGAACGAGACACGCGACUUCAAUAGCGGUUCGCUAUUAGGAUCUCAAUAUACACCAUUUACUAUUCGACCGUCCGAUCGGUCUAGGAGCAGCUCGGAGUCUUCAUUCUUUGAAUUCUCUGCAUUACAACUUUGGAAGCUCAGGACCCUGACGAUCUAUAAAAUAACAAUGGCGAAGAGAAUUCUAUUUGACUCCCAGAAACGAGCUACUGGGGUGGAGGUGAAAACAUUGGGGUUGCGAUACAUUCUGAAGGCUACACGGGAGGUGAUUGUGUCGGCGGGCGCAUUCCAGUCUCCCCAGCUCCUGAUGGUCUCGGGUAUAGGGCCCGUAGAUACCCUUCGAGAGCACGGGAUUGAUACCAUUGUUGCUCUUCCGGGUGUUGGUCAAGAGAUGUGGGAUCAUGUCUUUUUCGGACCGACAUACCAGGUGGCAUUGGAAUCCUACAGCAGGAUAACAACCGAUGUCUGGUACCUCCUUAAGCAGGUGGUCAAAUACAUAACUGCCCACCAAGGUAUACUAACUAACCCAGGUAUUGAGUAUCUGGCAUUUGAGAAAAUUCCGGACCAGCUGCGGUCUUCACUCUCUCCCCAAACCCAAAAGGAACUUUCCCGAUUUCCUAGUGACUGGCCUGAGAUAGAGUAUAUUUCAGUGCCUGUCCAUGUUGGAAACUACUCGAAUCCGAUCUUACAACCGGCGGAUGGCAGACAAUAUGCUACCAUCGCAGGAGCGCUUGUUGCGCCGACGUCGCGCGGGAAUGUCACCAUAAUCUCCGCCGACACGGAUGACUUGCCGAUUGUCAGCCCGAACUGGCUCUCUACGGAAGCCGAUCAGCAAGUGGCGGUUGCAAUCUAUAAGAGAAUCCGCGACAUGUUCCAUAGCACGGCCAUGUCCCCGUUGGUGGUGGGAGAGGAGUAUUUCCCAGGGAUGCAGUAUCAAUCCGACGGCGAUAUUCUUAACAUCGUCCGAGACACCAUGAUGACCGUGUUCCAUGCUGCUGGCACUUGCAAGAUGGGAGUUCCCGGAGAUCGGAUGGCGGUCCUUGAUAGCCGGGCGAGAGUGUUUGGAGUUCAGGGACUGAGAGUGGUCGAUGCUAGCUCUCUGCCGGUUUUGGGCCCUGGCCAUCCUCAAUCGACUAUCUAUAUGCUUGCCGAAAAGAUCGCGGCAGAUAUCAUCCAUCAUCCUGCCGCGAAUGUCUGGGAAACGUCAUCUUGUACCUGCCGUAAAAGCUGUGUUGGUUCUUUCGAUUAUGACUGGAUAUGA